UUAUUUUUUCUCAGAAAAUGACCCAGAACAAUGCUUCAAACUCGUAAAAAAAUAAGUAUAAAGUGUCAACGUACUUAAUCAACACAAUCUCACCUGAAAAAUAAAAUUAAUCUGUAUUUCAUAAAUAAAUUAUUGACAGUUUGAUAUUUUUUGCAACCGCGCUUUCUUGUCCUUUUGAUUCUAUUUAUUUAUUUUUUGACAGUCGACAGAUCGGCUGACUUUUUACAGAACUCAAUUUUUAUAAAUAAUAUAUUUAAUUAAGAAUUUGAUUUGAAUUGAUUUCCGUACAUUAUUGUUUGAAAUGCAUGAUACUGAUACAAUUGAGGCUAUUGAAAGUCGCAUAAAAAGCUUAGAAGACCUUGUAUAUGGAAAUUCAGCUCCAGAUUCUGAGAAUAAAUGUGUGGAAACUUUAAUGAAUGUUCAGAACAAGUUACAGUCUGCUGUCACUGGAAGAGAAAAGAUAACUACGGUAUUUUCUAAAUUGGAUGACCUGGAAAAAUAUUUAAAUCCAGAUUUUAAGGAGAAUGUGACUUUAACUGACCCAGUAAAAACGAAUUUGGUUCUUCUAGAGGAAGAUAGAAUAAGGAAUGCAGUGGAUUCUUUACAAACAGUGAAAGAAUUAAUGCAAUAUUUAGAUAGUGAGCACAUCAAAGUUGUACCAUCUCUUUGUCCUAAACUAUAUGAAGUGAGUCAGAUUCAAAUUAAAUUGCAAGAAAAUGCUGCUGAGCUGACCAAGGAAACUAAACAACUCAUUGCAAACUAUGAUGAUCUUGUUUUAUCUCUGUCAAAACAGUUUAUUUUGUGGGAUUCUAUUCUGUCUAAGAUAGAAAAAGAAAAGCUGCCUAAAAAGAAGAUUCUAACAUAAUUUAAUACUUACCGUAUGCACAGCACAUUCAAGGGUGAAAAUAAUAUUUUUAUUUGUAUUGUAGUUAAUUAUAUGUUGAUUUAUUUAUGAUUCAUGUUUUAUAUUAUAAAUAAAAUUUUACUCUAA